AUGGCAAAAAAGCAUAGAUUGACAACUGUAAAGCGGAAAGAGCUUCGUCAGAAAGAGUCUGAAGCUCUGAAGCAGUUGCAGGAGAGAAUUAAGGAUUACGACGCCAAAACAUGCAGAGCGGUAACUUUCCAGGAUCUCCCCAUAAGCAGCGGGACAGUAAAGGGUCUAAAGGAGGCAGCGUAUAUCAAGAUGACGGAUAUCCAGCGAGCAGCGAUCCCAGUAGCUCUCAAGGGCCAUGACGUCUUAGGAGCGGCUAAGACAGGGUCCGGCAAGACGCUUGCGUUUCUUGUGCCAGUCCUCGAGAAGUUAUACCACGAGAGAUGGACCGAGCUAGAUGGCUUGGGAGCUCUGGUUAUCUCGCCGACUAGAGAGCUAGCCAUGCAGAUCUACGAAGUACUCGUUAAAAUAGGGAAGUAUAUGAGCUUUUCGGCAGGGCUGGUUAUCGGCGGGAAGGACGUAAAGUUUGAGAUGGAACGUGUCUCAAAAAUAAACAUCCUUAUCGGUACCCCUGGCAGACUUUUGCAGCACAUGGACCAGUCGGUAGGUUUGAACACUUCCAACCUGCAAAUUCUGGUGUUGGAUGAGGCGGAUAGGUGUCUCGACAUGGGGUUUAAAAAAGCACUAGACGCCAUCGUAUCAAAUCUGCCUCCGUCGAGACAAACACUACUAUUCUCUGCCACCCAGUCACAGUCGCUUGCUGACCUGGCGCGGUUAUCUCUUGCUGACUAUAAGACUGUCGGCACGAUGGAUGGCCCAUCUUCUAAGAACAAGCCUGCGACACCAGAGAAUUUGGAGCAAUUCUACAUUCAGGUCGCUCUUCCAGAUAAACUCGAUAUACUUUUCAGUUUCAUCAAGUCGCAUUUGAAAUCCAAAAUGAUUGUCUUUCUGUCGUCUUCAAAACAGGUACACUUUGUCUACGAGACGUUUCGGAAAAUGCAACCUGGUAUUUCCCUAAUGCAUCUCCACGGUAGGCAAAAACAAACUGCAAGGACCGAAACACUCGACAAGUUUAGCAGGGCGCAGCACGUCUGCUUAUUCUCUACAGAUGUUGUCGCGAGGGGCAUUGACUUCCCUUCCGUCGAUUGGGUCAUUCAAACUGAUUGCCCAGAAGAUGUUGACACAUAUAUCCAUAGGGCUGGUAGAUCUGCGCGGUAUGGAAAGACUGGAAAAUCGCUUCUAAUGCUAACACCGCAGGAGGAGGACGCAUUUCUGGCGAGACUGAAAGGCAAGUUGAUAGAGCCAAGUAAGUUAAACAUCAAGCAGUCCAAGCGCAAAUCAAUAAAACCUCAGCUUCAGUCACUCCUAUUCAAAGACCCAGAACUAAAAUACCUCGCCCAAAAAGCUUUCAUCUCCUAUGUGAGAUCCAUCUACAUACAGAAGGAUACUGAAGUAUUCAAGUUUAACGAACUCCCAUUGGAGGAGUUUGCGGCUUCCUUGGGUUUACCGGGUGCUCCACAAGUUAAAAUUAAGGGGAAGAAGAGCAUUGAGAAGGCCAAAGAGCUCAAAAACACCUCCAGGCAGCUUCUCCUGUUGGCGAAGGCUAACGACGACGGCGAAGUCGAUAGUAAAGAAAAGACAGUACGUACGAAGUACGACAAAAUGUUCGGCAGGAAGAACCAGACUGUGCUCAGCGAGCACUAUAUGAACAUUACCAAAACAGGUGCUGCAGACGACGAUGCAGGUGAUUUCAUGACAAUCAAACGUACAGACCACGAGCUCAACGAAAAUGAUCUCCCUCAGCUCACGCUUCCUACCUCGAAGCGUGGACAGAAGAAAGCUCUCUCUAAGAAAGCAUCCUUGUCCAGCAAAGGCAACCCUACGAAGUUCAAAUUUGACGCAGACGGCGUACCACACCCUAUUUAUGAACUCGAAGGAGAAGAGGAGUUCCACAAGAAGGGUGAUGUCGACACUCAGGUGAAAGAGUUCCUCUCGAAGGAGACAGAGUAUAUGGCUCGUGCUGAUACCGAAGACAAGCAGCUCGUGAAGGAGAAGAGACAGGAAAAGAAGCGCAAACGUCUCGAGGCCAUGCGGCGCGAGAUGGAGGCUCUUCAGGACGACGAUGAUGAAUACGAUGCACCUACGGUCGCCUAUGUUGGCACGGGUAAUCUAAGUGACGACAUGGCGUCCGGCGACGAACCUGAUUUUGCGCCAGCGUCCCCUCCGCCACGCAAGAAGCUAAAGGGUCGCUACAGCGAAUCUGCUGAGUCCCCAGAUACAGGUGUUAUGGAGGUGGAAGAACCAGACACUCUAGAAGACCUUGAGUCGCUGACUGCCCGCCUAAUUAGCGGUUAA